CCCAGGAAAAGAAGCUGCAGUACAUGCGGGCCAUGCACGGCCACACCAAGGUGGCUGCUCGCCAGGUGGCCACAGCCUUUGACCUGUCUGGAUUCACCUCUGCCUGCGACCUGGGAGGGUCCACAGGCGCCCUUGCCUACGAGCUGGCCCGGCAGUACCCGGGUCUGAAGGUGACCAUAUUUGACCUGCCAGAGGUCAUCGAGGAUGCCGUGUUCUUUAAGCCCCAUGGACCCGAGGCAGGGCAGGUCAGCUUCGUGCCAGGGGACUUUUUCCGAGACACCCUCCCGGAGGCUGACCUGUACAUCCUGUCCAAAAUUCUGCACAACUGGCCCGACGACAAGGUGCACCAGCUGCUGAGCCGCAUCUCCCGCAGCUGCAAGCCAGGUGGCGGCCUCCUGGUGGCGGAACAGCUGCUGGACGAGGACAAGUGCAGGCCCCUGCCCGCCUUGAUGAUGUCGCUCACCAUGACGGUGCUGUUCCAGGGCCGGGAGCGCAGCCUGAGCGAGUACCGCAGCCUGCUGCAGGCACACGGCUUCACCGACGUGCGGGCCGUGCGCACUGGGAGCACCUCGGAUGCCGUCCUGGCCACCAGAGCCUGACGGUCACCUGCACGCCAGUCCCAGGGUCACUCCCCAGGGAGGACACUGGCCCACAGUCCCCCACUGUGGCUGGUCAGGUGGAGAGUUUGCUGCAAGGGGCUGGAGUCACCCCCAGGCUAAGGAACGGGGUCAGGAGUGGCACUUGGAGCUGGUUGGUGCGGCUGCACGGGACAAGGGC